AUGAUUAUACCACUAUAAAUGGAUCAAUCAUUAGUUGAGAACUCCAAAAGAAAACCAUUUAGUCCUCUAGAAAUAAAUCCAAAAUAAUAUUCAAUGUCUAGUAAAUUAAAUUUACUUCAACUUGAUAUUAUUACUCCUAUUCAAAUCAAAAGUAAUCAUUCAAAUUCUAACAUCUAAUUUGGACUAUAAAAACUACUUAAAACAAGUCCUUAUGCAUAAUUGAUUAAAUAAAAAUCACAAUAAUAAAUUAGUAGCAUUGAUACUGGCUCUUAAAAUGUAUAUAAUGGAACUACUCAACAUUCUUCUUAAACUAAUGUAAAAGUCGAUACUAAAUUUAUGAUGACUAAUAAUUAAAACAAUAUCAAAAGGAGAAUUCAUAAUUCCAUGAAGAUUUUUGCACCUAAAAAAUCACUUGAGUAUUCUCAUUAAAUGAAUUCAACUUAUAAAGAUAAAUAAACAAUUAAAGCACUUUAAGAUUUAUUAAUAAGAUCAACCUUAACUUUACAAAUGUAUAAAGAAUAGAUUAUUAAAAGUGAAUAAGAGAAUAUCAAACUAAAAGAAUAACUUUCAGGUUUGUAAGUUUAGAAUUGA